AUGAAGAUUUUGACGUGGAAUAUCAACGGAAUUCGUGCCGCUCGAAGAGAUAAAUCGUUGAAGGAAGUCUUAGACUCUCUUGAAGCUGAUGUUAUUUGUUUGCAAGAAACGAAAGUUACCCGUGAGUAAUAACCUUAAUGAAGGGUUAUGUUAAUUAAUAUCAUUCGGUUGUUACUUGUUUUUUUGGGAAAGUGAAGCUUUCUUUCAAAUGGUCCACAUUUGAAAUGGGUCUUGCAAAAUUGACAUUUAACUGCAGGUAUGGGCUCAUAAAGUUUUGUUCUGACCCUCUGGAAACCCGAGGGGGUUGUGGGGGGUGUGGGUGGUAAUUUAGGAGUUUUUUUCUGGUGGGGAUGUGCCGCUGGGAUCCCGGAACCUAUACCAGAGCUAGUUCAGUUCAAUUUUGCUGACCUGUACUUGACUACACUCUUAAUACCCCUCCCUGUCCUACAGUGACUAUUUUCGAUCUAUCAAUGUUUUCUUUGCUGUUAAACUGAGUUGAGGGUAAAUUUGAAUUUGUGUUUUCAUUUUUGUACCAGUCAGUUCCCAGCUUAUCAAGUCUAAACUAACGUCUUUAACCAAUUGAUCAGCUUCCUGAAAAAAUAUACCUUAUUCUAGACCCAAAUUUUAUACCAGACUAAACUGCUUAUUAAUAAAUACCAUAGCCCUCACAGCAGCACACGUCUGUAUAGCUCAUAUAUGGCAGUAGCCCCCCUUUCCCAGGUUUGAGGACUGCUGGGCUUAGGCUCAGUUUUUCAACGUGACAUUGGGUGGGGUUGGGAGUUCUCUGACCAGUCUGACCAGAUGCUAGACUAUUCUAUUACCUUCUUACCCGAUAACUUAGGAUUGAUGACACUACGGAAUGACGCCUAUUGAAAUGUGUCAUUAGAGUCAAAAUAAGUUACAAGUUGAGCGAAUGCAGUUCCUCCAAAAAGGAGAGUAGCAUGAAAGUUUCUCGCGAUGAAGUUGAAUUAUCUUUGUUUCAUAGAAACAAUUAGCUAACACUUCAGUCAGAGAGUCAAAGGACACGACAUGCGUUGGCAUCCUGUAUGAGUCCACAAACAGUCACGGGACUCAUGAUUUUACAGCCUACACUUAUCAAUAGGCGCCAUUUGGCAAUGCUUAUAAAUGUCACUCAAGUUAUUGUCGGUGUUUUCCAGGUGAAAUGCUGGAUGAAGUAACUGCUGUUGUAGAUGGAUACAAUGCCUAUUUUAGCUUCUCCAAAGUUAAAACAGGCUACUCAGGUGAGGCAUAAGUGAAAAUAUUUGAUUUUGUUGCUCUGCUCGAUUACCAGCAACUUAUAGACCGGGAUUUUUUUUUACUUGAAGACACAGUCACUUCUUAAAUGGGUUACUUCAAAGAACCAAACAAUCCACACCCCUCCCCUUCUUCUCCAUCCAAAGUUGUUAAACUAAUUUCCCAAACAGUGGAACAGUUAUUAAGUGGAGGGGGUGGGUGAGGAAAGCUUCAUUUUUGCCUUUUGGAGUCCACAAUUAAAACAUUCAAAACAUCAGAAAGGCUCUUGAGCGUUAAGUGUCUCAACUAAUUUUGUCAGUGGUUUAUAUUCAUUUUUUAUGAAAGUCAUCAGCCAGGAAGGAUUUGACCUGGAGAAAGGCUCGGCCCCACUAGCAAUAGUGCUAUAAAUACUGCCAAGGGUAAAUAACAGAGGUAUUCUUCUGUUAUUAUUAUUAUUAUUAUCACUCAAUAAUUUUUUUUUACUGUUUCUUGCUGUUAAAUAGAAAAAGAAAAGUUUGUGCAUUGCGCAUUGAUUGAGAGUUGAAAGAGUGAUAUGGAUAACUGAUGGACAAGAUAUUCCACUUUUAACAAGCUCUCUCGAUAUACAUAUUUGCUAAUAGCAUAUUAGUUUAUGCCAAGGAUGUUACCAAAAUGAAAAUAAAUUCCUUUCUUUUUAAAGCGCCCCCUCUAGCCUUAGACCUCCAAAAUAAAGAAAUGACCCCAGCAUCUAUUAAAUCAUUUACAGUACUGAUUAUAUUUAUAUGGAUUGCUGUACACAUGCAUUAAUAUUACAUAACUAAUUCAAUUAUGUUAAAAGGUGUGGCCACAUUUUGCCGUGAUUCAGUGACACCUGUUGCUGCAGAAGAGCGCCUCUCAGCUUCCCUCACUCCACAACCUUCUAUAGGCUGUUAUGGUAGCACCUCUGACUUCACCUCUGAAGAGUUAGAAGCUUUAGAUGCUGAAGGUCGUGCUGUCCUUACAGAGCAUAGUUUCCCUGACGGCAAGAAUGUCGUUAUCAUUAACGUGUAUUGUCCCAGGGCAGACAAAGAGAACAAAGACAGAGUGAACUUUAAGCUUAGAUUUUACAAAUUGCUGCAGGAAAGAGCUGAGGCACUUGUCAAGGAAAGAAGGUAUGUUAUAUUUAUUAAUCAGUUAAAUAAUAAUAAUGAUUAUUAUUUAUAAAUGCUAAUAUUUUUUACUUUGCUUUGUCAUCCCUGGAAGAGCAUUAAUUUUUCAGGACUGUGUUACUGGGUGAACUAAUGAGGUGUCUGGAAUGAAACUUAAAUUGACCCUUAAUAAUUUAACUAAUCAAUUCUCCCUCCAAAUUACCUUGCACGAGCCUGUGAAAGAAUAGGUUAGGCCAUACAUGUAGUUGCUUAAUACUAUUAAAGGAUAAUGCUAUUCACUGUUCAACAGAUCUUUAUCCAGUGUAUACUGCAAUUAGUUUCUCUGACACUUACCCACUGGAUAGGGGUUUUAUCCAGUGGAUAGCAUUACCCUUUUUCAGCUUUUGAACAACUGGGGAGAGGAAUUAGUUGGAUUUUUUGGCACAUACCUCAGGGUUCUCAAUAGAUUUUUAAGUAGGAGGUGAUCACUGAUAAAGUAGGAGGCUCUUCAGCAAAGCCAGAGGUGUCAAAACAAAGUCUCACAAACUUAAAUCCCAAAGUAAGCGGCGAUCAAUCGAAAUCUCAAGAACCCUGAACCUUCUAAAUGCAGGUUUGACAAACUCUUGAGGAAAUGGAACAAGUUGACAAGUUGACAAAUUGCAUGUCCCCCAGGGGCUCCAUAUUUAUUAGUUUACUCCCUACACUACAAGAUUUGCCAGGUGGUGUGGCUCUUUCAUAAUCGUCAUGUUGGUUUGUGUUUGUCGUAGGCAUGUGAUAGUUCUCGGUGACAUAAACACAGCACACAAAAUGAUUGACCACUGUGAUCCUGAUGAAGAGGUAAAAAAUGGUGCUCACUGAAUCAAUAGUUUAUUUGCAGGGAAUUAAAUUUACAUGUACUGAUCCCAGAUAAUCAAGUACUUUCCCUUUUAAGGGGAUUAUAUAGUACCUGUGACUACAUGGCGGUAUCUUGUUUAUUUAUCAUCAUCAUCAUCAUCAUCAUCAUCAUCAUCAUCGCCAUUAUCAUCAUAUAAUCUAAUCACCAUCAUAAUGUGUCUUUAUUUCUAUUGAAAAAUAUGUAGGUAAAAUAAAAACUUUUAUCUUUAUGCCAUGAAUGACACUGCCAAUUAAUGAAGGUGUGUAGAUCGUUUUGGGUUAAUCCAUCCUUCAAGCCAAUUCUGCUCAACCCAAGAAGUAGGUGGUCGACCCCACCAUGUGAGUACUGCAACUUUGUAAGAAGAGCAAAUACUAUCUUUAGAUACAUUGGAAGAUGUUCUUUUACCAGGCUAAAGGGAACAUUUAGUCCUCCUAAGCUCCUUAUUCUGCCAGCUUUAGAGCCUAGUAUUCUUGCCGCGUACACAUGGCAUUAUUGAGGCCUGCCUAAACGACCUUGGUAUGUGUACCGUGGGACAACACAACAGUGGCUUAAUCAGUGGUGAAAUAGUCCAGAGCAAGCACCGAGGUUCAAAGGGUUGUAAAAUUGACUCCCCGAUCCACUCCAGUCAAUAAAAGUCUUCUACAAAGGUUUUCAAUUGUAAACUUUUUUUUGGUUGUUUUUGUUCUGUUUUUAGGACGCGUUUAACACUCACCCAGGGCGGCAGUGGUUGAAUCACUUCCUUUUGCCACAUGAUGCUCCAGUUGAACCACCAGCUGGGGAAAAUUCGGACUUACUUCCGGUAAAACAAAAGAUGUUUAUCGACACCUUUCGUUACUUCCACCCCACGGAGCGCGGCGCCUAUACAAACUGGUGCACAGUUACUAGUGCUCGACAGACAAACUAUGGCACAAGAAUAGAUUACAUUUUCGCAGACGUGGAACUUGUGAGGAAAGAGUUUGAAGAUUGUGAGAUAAGACCGGAUGUUGAUGGCUCUGACCACUGUCCUGUUGUUGCAACUUUAAAGACAAGUUUCCAAGGUGCAUCUAAACCCCCAGCGCUUUGUACCAAAUACAUGCCAGAGUUUGCUGGAAAGCAACAGAAACUUAAAGACUACUUUGCUAAGCACUCAGAAAAGACUAGAGCUUCAAGUCAACCCAGUUCCGGAAAUAACGAAUCGCGGGAAGUGAUGUCAUUGAAGCGUAGUGCUUCGUUUGGUGACGAGAAAAACAAAGUAAAACGCCAAAAAACUGCUGGAACAAAAACAAAAGCUGUGAGCCAACCGAAGACAAACUUGUUCAGCUUUUUUUCUAGACCAAGUAGUCAUGUUUCAUCUGAGAAAAAAGCUACGGAAACAAUCGAUCCUAGGAGUGAAUAUGAAGCCAGUCAUGAUCAUGCGUCUUGCACGUCAAAAUCUUCUGAACUACCUAAGAGCACACCUACUUUAGGAACUAACAGUGUAGUAAAUGUCGAUCAACCUAAAAAAUUUACUGAUCAAGCGAUACAUUCGUCAGACAGAUCGGCAUGUCAUCACACAGGCAAAGAUGAUUCGACUUCUGUUGACAGCAAUUCGCAAGCUGAGGGAAUAGUUCUCCCUAGCAGCACAGAAAGUACUAGUAGCAAAGACUGCUCACAAAAACGGAAAGCUGAAGUGGCUCUAUGGAAGACUAUUCUAACGGGGCCCCGCCCAGCACCCCUUUGCAGUGGGCACAAAGAACCAUGUGUUCUAAGAACUGUGAAGGUUAAAGGUCCUAAUCAGGGCAAACAGUUUUAUUGCUGCGCUAAGCCACAGGGACACAGUUCAAAUCCACAGGCGCGUUGUAAUUUCUUUAAGUGGGUAAAGUAG